AGCUCACCUGGGAGACUCCAGGAGGAAGCGGAGCCUCGGUUCGGCCUCUCCUGGCAACGCAGGAGGCCCAGCGGGAAGGCAGGAGGCGGCGGCGGCGGAGGAGGAGCUGGACUGAGCGGCAACAGUAGCGACAGCAACCGGAGGCGCCGCCGCCGCCGCCACCUGCACCUGGCGCCCGGCCCACGUCCAGCGCCCGCCCGGCCGCUGCUUCCCGCCGCCCUGCUGUGCCCACCCGCCAGGCCAUUAAGAUUGGCUCCUUGGUUUCAAUGGAGAUGAUGGGAUUCCAUAGUAGCAGAAGACAAGUGGCAGCAUUUAACCACCAAGGACAAAGUAUUACCAUUUAAUGAAACCUUCUUGCCAGCAAAUCUAUGAUAAAAAAUAUAAGUAACAGAGGAAACUAUAACUGUUAUUUGUCAAGUGGGAAGCUUUUAAUGUCAGAAUGGCUCACCUAAAACGACUAGUAAAAUUACAUCUUAAAAGACAUUAUCAUAAAAAGUUCUGGAAACUUGGGGCAGUAAUUUUUUUCUUUAUAAUAUUUUUGAUUUUAAUGCAAAGAGAAGUAAGUGUUCAAUAUUCCAAAGAGGAAUCACGGAUGGAAAGAAACAUAAAAAACAAAAACAAGAUGUUUGAUUUAAUGAUAGAAGCUGUAAACAAUAUUAAAGAUGCAAUGCCAAAAAUGCAAAUAGGAGCACCGGUCAGGCAAAACAUUGAUGCUGGUGAGAGACCCUGUUUGCAAGGAUAUUAUACAGCAGCAGAAUUGAAACCUGUUCUUGACCGCCCACCUCAGGAUUCUAAUGCACCUGGUGCUUCUGGUAAAGCAUUCAAGACAACCAAUUUAAGUAUUGAAGAGCAGAAGGAAAAAGAACGUGGAGAAGCAAAACACUGUUUUAAUGCUUUUGCAAGUGACAGGAUUUCUCUACACCGAGAUCUUGGACCAGACACUCGACCUCCUGAAUGUAUUGAACAAAAAUUUAAGCGCUGUCCUCCCCUGCCUACCACCAGUGUCAUAAUAGUUUUUCAUAAUGAAGCCUGGUCCACGCUGCUUAGAACUGUCCACAGUGUGCUUUAUUCUUCCCCUGCCAUACUGCUGAAGGAAAUCAUUUUGGUGGAUGAUGCUAGUGUAGAUGAGUACUUACAUGAUAAACUAGAGGAAUAUAUAAAACAAUUUUCUAUAGUAAAAAUAGUUAGACAAAGAGAGAGAAAAGGUCUGAUCACUGCCAGGUUGCUAGGAGCAACAGUUGCAACAGCUGAAACCCUCACAUUUUUAGAUGCUCACUGUGAGUGUUUCUAUGGUUGGUUAGAACCUUUGUUGGCCAGGAUAGCUGAGAAUUACACUGCCGUGGUGAGUCCGGAUAUUGCAUCCAUAGAUCUGAACACAUUUGAAUUCAACAAACCCUCUCCUUAUGGAAGCAAUCACAACCGUGGAAACUUUGACUGGAGCCUUUCCUUUGGCUGGGAAUCGCUUCCUGAUCACGAGAGGCAAAGAAGGAAAGAUGAAACCUACCCAAUUAAAACACCCACUUUUGCAGGAGGCCUUUUUUCCAUAUCAAAAGAAUAUUUUGAAUAUAUUGGAACUUAUGAUGAAGAAAUGGAAAUCUGGGGAGGUGAAAAUAUAGAAAUGUCUUUCAGAGUAUGGCAAUGUGGUGGGCAGUUGGAGAUUAUGCCUUGCUCUGUUGUUGGACAUGUCUUUCGCAGCAAAAGCCCUCAUACCUUUCCAAAAGGCACUCAGGUGAUUGCUCGCAACCAAGUUCGCCUUGCAGAAGUCUGGAUGGAUGAAUACAAGGAAAUAUUUUAUAGGAGAAACACAGAUGCAGCAAAAAUUGUUAAACAAAAAUCAUUUGGUGAUCUUUCAAAAAGAUUUGAAAUAAAGCACCGCCUUCAAUGUAAAAAUUUUACGUGGUAUCUGAACACUAUUUAUCCAGAAGCAUAUGUGCCAGACCUUAAUCCUGUUAUAUCUGGAUAUAUUAAAAGCAUUGGUCAGCCUUUGUGUCUGGAUGUUGGAGAAAAUAAUCAAGGAGGCAAACCAUUAAUUUUGUAUACAUGCCAUGGACUCGGGGGAAACCAGUAUUUUGAAUACUCAGCUCAACGUGAAAUUCGCCAUAACAUCCAGAAGGAAUUAUGUCUUCAUGCUGCUCAAGGUCUUGUUCAGCUGAGGGCAUGUGCCUACAAAGGUCACAAGACAGUGGCCAGUGGAGAACAGAUAUGGGAGAUCCAAAAGGAUCAACUUCUAUAUAAUCCAUUCUUAAAAAUGUGCCUUUCAGCAAAUGGAGAGCAUCCAAGCUUAGUGUCAUGCAAUCCGUCAGAUCCACUGCAAAAAUGGAUUUUUAGCCAAAAUGAUUAAGUGUUCCUUAAAAUUAAGGAGUUGAAAAAGAAGAUAUUCUUUCUCAUAAAACUGUGACUAAGCAUACACUGUAGUUGUUGAAAAUUAUGCAAAAGCAGCUAAUUAUAACUUAUUCCAAGUGCAUUUUUCUUAUUUAUAUCUUAAAAUGUCUAUGUAGCACUGCUACAGAAAUCUUUUAAGUUUCCAUUUCAAAGCACAAUAGCUAAGAAUACCAAAGACUAUUUUGAAAUGUUCAGAUUUAGAGAAAGAGAUGUUUACAGUAUGAUGAAAAUAAUUUUCCAAGUAAAGUGAUAUUUGUGUAUUUUGUGCACUUAAAGAUAUGCAUAGCUACAUUCACACACUCACAAUUUAAAAUAUUUCUUCUAGUUUUUUGGGGGGAGGGAGAAAGAUUUGAUACUGUAUUUUUUUAACUACAUAAAAAUGGAUCAAUGAAGGUCAAGCAUUGGCCUUUGUGUACAAACCAGGAAAUUUUUAUAGAUCUAAAAUUUAUUAUAUAAAAAUGCAGGUAAACUUUUUUGCCUUUUGUUUACUUAUCUGUCAAAUGUUUCCUUCAACAUGAAAUUAAGUGAAUAAGGAGAAUAUUUUUGAUGCUGCAGUAUCUUGGCAAAUUUUAAAAUAUUUUUUAGUCUGAAGACCUCUUGACUUGAAGCACUUAAAUAUUGCUUAAAAGACAUUUCUUAAAUAACUAUACUGUGUUUUCCCAGAGCAAUUAAAAAAAAAAACUAUGUUAUUAUCUGUUGAAAAAGUGUCUUUUUCCUUUCUGCUAGUCUUUUUUUCUUACCAAAAGCCACUAACCUUGAAUGUUUGUGAAAUUGAAUUCCAAAUGUAGAAUACCUGACUCAUUUAAAAGCUAAAUUUUAUUUGGUGCUGAUUCAAUUAUAGAUGAUCUUUGUAAAGAUUUUUCUUCAUCAAAAAAACCUCUGUCUAUAUGGAAAACACAAUAAAAUGAAUCCUUAUCACUGUUGUAA